UUUCUUACUGGUGAUUCUAGAAAACUGUAGUUAGUAGUUAUUUUUUUCAUAUGGGGUUGCAUCAACUCAAUCAUUUAAUAUAUUUUGUAUGUCUCCUUUAGGAGUUGUUUCCACUGCAAAUAACGGUGGGUUUACAAGCAUCAGAACAAAGAAUCUAUCAACACCUGAGGAUCUCUCUGCAUAUGAUGGUUUAGAGCUGCGCCUUAAAGGUGAUGGUCGUCGUUAUAAACUAAUUGUUCGGACAAGUGGUGAUUGGGAUACUGUUGGUUACACAGCAGGCUUUGACACUGUAAAAGACCAGUGGCAGACAGUACGGCUUCCAUUUUCUUCUUUGAGGCCUAUUUUUCGUGCAAAAACUGUAUCAGAUGCGCCACCAUUUGACCCGAGCAAUAUUGUGUCACUGCAGCUUAUGUUCAGCAAGUUUGAAUAUGAUGGAAAACUCAAUCCUACUUUUGUGGAAGGGGAAUUUAAGCUCCCAGUUUCAAGCAUAAGGGCAUAUCUGAAAGAUCCUAUAACUCCCAGGUUUGUACACGUAGGCUCUGCAGGAGUUACUCGGCCUGAGAGACCUGGACUUGAUCUAAGUAAACAACCUCCUGCUGUGCGGUUGAACAAGGAAUUGGAUUUUAUCCUGACUUUCAAAUUGAAGGGGGAGGAUUUAAUUCGGGAAAGUGGAAUUCCAUAUACAAUUGUGAGGCCUUGUGCAUUAACUGAGGAGCCUGCUGGAGCAGAUCUCAUUUUUGACCAAGGAGACAAUAUAACGGGUAAGAUAUCAAGAGAAGAGGUUGCUCAAAUUUGUGUUGCUGCAUUAGAAAGCCCAUACGCUACUGGCAAGACAUUUGAGGUUAAAAGUGUUAUGCCAUUUAGCGAGCCAUUUACAGUAGACCCUGAAAAUCCACCCCCUGAGAAGGACUGCGAUGUUUACUUUAAAACUUUGAAGGAUGGAAUUACAGGAAAAGAAGUCUUAGAACAAAAUCCUGUACCAGUAUAAUGCUUAUGCAAUAUGCAUAGAGCUAUGUUCAACAUUAACCUGUGUAUAUAUACCCCUACAGGAGUAAAAGGAAGAGGUUUCUAGAGGAACAUAUAACCGAAGAAGUUUAAUUAUGUUCCAAGUAGUUUAAUUUAAAUAGCUUCAAUGAUUAUGACUUAUGUUGUGGUAUACAUGUCUAGUGGGCGGCAAAGAGUCGGAACUCAUAUACCCAAGAGCAACUUGAUGAGGUGCGCAUUGAAGUGGCUGACUACUUGCAGAGUUUGCUAUAGCUAGAUCUUGACAAGCAAUAUGAUUUUGAGUAAGGCUAGAUUUUGCUGACCAUUUUGUAGUAGAUAUAUGUAGUGAUAUCAGGAUGAAUUGUGAACAAAUUAUGCUGCAUGUAGUUAUUGCAGUAGCGGUAUAUUCUAC